AUGGAUUAAUAGAAUAUUGAUCAUUUAUUUCUUACAAUUAGUUAAAAAAUUGGGAAAAAGUGGAACUGAGCGAUAGUGCACAUUGAACCUUGUGAAUACAUUUCACUAGAAUUUUACUAGCAUUGUAACUUCGUCAGUUGCAGACAAAGAAAGUCGCUGAUGACUGACCAAGAUUUUAUUUGAAAAUUAAAAUUGUGAUUGUGUUUUGAUAUAUCUCACAAGAAUAGCCAUUUAUUCAUAUUGAAGAUAUUUUACAUAUAUUUUCAAGUAUCAACGUCAUAUUAAACUAUUUAAAAUGCCAAAAAAAAAGACAGGGCAAAGGCGAAAAGCUGAAAAACAAAAAUUAAGGCAAAAAGAAAUUAGAACUGCCAAAGAUCAAUUAGAUUUAGCCAAAUUUCCAUGCAAUGCAGUAAUGGAAUGUGACAAAUGUGGCAAAAAACAGAAAAGUAGAGCCUUUUGUUAUUUUUGUCAAACGUUACAACGGUUACCAAUGUGUGCUCAUUGUGGAAAAAUAAAAUGUAUGCUGAAAACAGGAGAUUGUGUUGUUCGUCAUCCUGGUGUGUUUACUACUGGUUUAGGUAUGGUGGGAGCCAUAUGCGAUCAUUGUGAAGCAUGGGUUUGUCAUGGGAGACGUUGCCUCACAACUCAUGCCUGUAUAUGUCCAUUAAUAGAUGCAAUUUGUCAAGAAUGUGAAAGAGGUGUAUGGGAUCAUGGUGGUAGAAUAUUCCGAUGUUCAUUUUGUAAUUGUUUUCUCUGUGAAGAUGAUCAAUUUGAGCAUCAAGCAUCAUGUCAAGUUUUAGAAGCAGAAAGUUUCAAAUGUCAAUCAUGCAAUCGAUUAGGACAAUAUUCUUGCCUAAGAUGCAAAACAUGCUAUUGUGAAGAUCAUAUUCGAAGAAAAGGAUUUAAAUAUGAAAAGAAUAAACCUAUACCUUGUCCUAAAUGUGGUUUUGAAACAUCUCAAACAAAAGAUCUCAGCAUGUCAACAAGAACUCAUAAAUUUGGUAGACAAAAUCAAGGUGGAACGUAUGAAUCUGAUGAUGAAAAUGAAUAUAACUAUUAUGGAAAUCAGUCGCAAGACUAUGUUUCUGAAAAUUAUACUUCUUAUCAGGAAGAUGAAGAUGAAGAUGAUGAAGAUGAAGAUGAUGAUGAUGAUGAAGAUGAUGAUAAUGACGAUGACGAUGAUGAAGAAGAGCAGGAAGAUGAAGAAUUAAUGAAUGAAAAUGAAAAAAAUUGCAUCAAAUAGAGCAUUAAUAAGAAUGUUUAGCAAAAAUCAAAUUUUUGUAACACAAAAAUACAGAAGUGAAAGAAUAAAUAUAUUAUAUUGUUGUUUUUGUUACUAAUUACAACGGGCUAUUUUAUAACCUGAAAAAUGAAAAAUAAGAGAUUAUGUCAAAUUUUGUGUAUUUUAUUUUUAUAAUGAAAUACGUAUAAGAUGAAUAAAA